GUGCUCCAUCGUUCUUUGAGGCAGUCGCCGCCCGUCGCGAACACGACAAGGAGCACCACACUCCCCGCCGCCUCCCCACACUCACCUCCUAACCUGCCCGGUCGACCGCGCGUCUUGCGUUGUAAUAUCCCUUGACGCCACCAUGUCGGCUGAAUACGAGGACGACAUGGCGAUGGAGUACGAAGAAGAGGACGGAGCCAUCACCUCGGAGGACUGCUGGGCCGUCAUCAGCUCUUUCUUCGACACCAAGGGUCUGGUGUCACAGCAGCUGGAUUCAUACGACGAGUUCACGCGCAACACAAUACAGGACAUUGUGAAGGAGAAUGGCAGCGUCAUCCUCGAGCAGAACACGCCCUACAACCCAGACGAGGACAUCGACCCCAUCAUCAAGCGCCGCUAUGAGAUCAAAUUCGGACGCGUCUAUCUCGCGCGCCCGACGCACACCGAGGGCGACGGCACAACGGUGCAGCUCUACCCGCACGAGGCUCGUUUGCGCAACCUGACCUACUCCGGUGCCAUGCUGGCAGACAUCGAGAACCGUAUCAUGAUUGCCCGUGAGACCACAGCACCGGCCGAGGACGACGAUGACGAGGUGGAGGGGCAAACAGGCGUCACACAAAUCCGCUGGGAUCGCGAGGAUAUCCCCGGGCACAGCGACGAGGUAGCUCGUGUAUUCAUAGGAAAGCUGCCUGUCAUGCUGAGGUCAGAGCUUUGCCAUCUGCGAGGGCAGAACGACGAAGCGCUUUUCGGGCUAAAUGAGUGUCCUUACGAUCAGGGCGGUUACUUCGUCAUCAACGGCAGUGAGAAGGUCUUGAUUGCGCAGGAGCGCAGCGCGGCGAACAUUGUCCAGGUCUUCCGGAAGAAGCAGGGUCCCAUUCCCUGGAUCGCUGAGAUUCGAAGUGCUGUCGAGAAGGGCACGCGCCUCAUCUCCUCUUUCAACAUCAAGUGGGCUGAGAACUCGCUUGCUAGUGGAAAGCGUAUGCCUGGACCCUUCGCCUACGCCACACUCCCCUACAUCAAGGCCGAUGUGCCCAUGGCCAUCGUCUUCCGCGCGCUCGGCAUUGUUUCGGACGAGGAGAUUCUCGGUCACAUCGUCUACGACCGCACAGAUACACAGAUGCUGGAGCUGCUCAAGCCUAGUAUCGAGGAGGGUUCUGUGGUCCAGGAACGCGAAUCCGCGCUCGACUUCAUUGCCAGACGUGGAGCCACACAGGGCACAAAGGAUAGGCGUCUCAAGUUUGCGCGUGACAUCAUGCAGCGCGAGUUCCUUCCUCACAUCUCGCAACGGGAAGGCCAAGAUACCCGUAAGGCCUACUUUUUUGGUUACAUGAUCCACCGCAUGUUGCAGUGUGUGCUGGGCCGACGAGAUGAAGACGAUCGUGAUCACUUCGGUAAGAAGCGUCUCGAUCUUGCAGGACCACUGAUCGCGAACCUGUUCCGCAUCCUCUUCUUGAAAUUGACAAAGGAUGUCUACAAGUACCUUCAGAGGUGUGUUGAGAACAACUCGGACUUCAACGUGCAGAUGGCCGUCAAGGCCAGCAUCAUCACCAACGGUCUCAAGUACUCGCUAGCCACGGGAAACUGGGGUGAUCAGAAGAAGGCCGCCUCUGCGAAGGCCGGUGUCUCACAGGUGUUGAACCGAUACACAUACGCUUCGACCUUGUCCCAUUUACGACGAACGAACACACCCGUGGGUCGUGACGGCAAACUCGCGAAGCCCCGACAACUGCACAACAGUCAUUGGGGCCUUGUCUGCCCUGCCGAGACCCCUGAAGGACAAGCCUGUGGUCUGGUCAAGAAUCUAUCGCUCAUGUGCUACGUCAGUGUUGGUAGCGACGCUACACCUAUCUCUGAAUACAUGAGCAAGAGGAACAUGCAACUGCUUGAGGAGUACGAUCAAAACCAGAAUCCCGAUGCCACCAAGGUCUUCGUUAACGGUGUCUGGGUGGGUGUGCACUCCAACGCGCAGCAGCUCGUCUCCACUGUGCAGCAGUUGCGUCGUGACGGUACCUUGUCGUACGAGAUGAGUUUGAUUCGAGAUAUUCGCGACCGAGAGUUCAAGAUCUUUACUGAUGCUGGACGUGUCAUGAGGCCUCUUUUCGUUGUGGACAACGAUGUUACCAGUAAGACUCGUAAUCAUCUCGUCUUCAACCAGGGGCACUACAAUAAGCUGGUCGAAGAGCAACAGGCAUCGGCCACAGCAGGCAUUGGCGAAGAGGAGAAGGAAGAGCUUGCCUAUGGCUGGAAGGGUCUCAUUCAAGAUGGUGUUAUUGAAUACCUUGACGCUGAAGAAGAGGAGACUGCCAUGAUCGUCUUUUCACCCGAGGAUCUCGGUGAGUGGCGCGACAUGAAGAUGGGCAUUCCACAAGAUGCCAGCGACCCAGAGGGUAAAGACCGUCUGGCACGUAUCAAACCCAAGCCGGACCCCCGCAUUCACGCGUACACGCAUUGCGAGAUUCAUCCUGCUAUGAUCCUGGGUAUCUGUGCCAGUAUCAUUCCUUUCCCUGAUCACAACCAGUCUCCUCGUAACACAUAUCAGUCUGCCAUGGGUAAGCAAGCCAUGGGUGUCGCUCUGACGAACUACGCUCUGCGCAUGGAGACGAUGAUGAACGUCCUCUACUACCCUCAGAAGCCGCUGGCCACAACUCGAUCCAUGGAAUACCUUAAGUUCCGUGAACUGCCUGCUGGACAGAACGCCAUUGUCGCCAUCGCCUGUUACUCCGGUUACAACCAGGAAGAUUCCGUCAUUAUGAACCAGAGUAGUAUCGAUCGUGGUCUCUUCAGAUCGCUGUUCUACCGAGCGUACACUGAGCAGGAGAAGCGAAUCGGUGUCAAUGUUCUAGAACAGUUCGAGAAGCCAACCCGUGCCGAUACGUUGAGGCUGAAGGGUGGAACAUACGACAAGCUCGACGAUGAUGGUGUUGUUGCACCGGGUGUACGUGUCUCUGGUGACGACAUCAUCAUUGGAAAGACCGCACCCAUUGCAGCUGACGCUCAAGAGAUGGGCCAAAAGACAUCAUUGCACACCAAGCGUGAUGUGUCGACUCCCCUGCGUAGCACGGAGAACGGUAUCGUCGAUCAAGUUCUCUUCACCACGAAUACCGAGGGUCUGCGCUUCGUCAAGGUCCGCACGCGAACGACCAAGGUACCCCAGAUUGGUGACAAGUUCGCGUCUCGUCACGGACAGAAGGGAACCAUUGGUCUCACGUACAGGCACGAGGAUAUGCCCUUCACAAGAGAUGGUGUCACUCCCGAUAUUGUUAUCAACCCCCACGCCAUUCCAUCUCGUAUGACAAUUGCCCAUUUGGUCGAGUGCUUGCUUUCCAAGGUGGGUGCCAUCACGGGACAGGAAGGUGAUGCCACGCCCUUCACCGACGUCACUGUCGAUCAGAUCUCCGGACUACUCGAGGACGCCGGCUACCAGAAGCGUGGCUUCGAGAUCAUGUACAAUGGACACACUGGCAAGAAGAUGCGAACACAGAUCUUCUUGGGUCCUACCUACUACCAGCGUCUGAGGCAUAUGGUCGACGACAAGAUCCACGCCCGUGCCCGUGGUCCUCUCCAGAUUCUCACUCGACAGCCUGUCGAAGGUCGUGCCAGAGACGGUGGUCUGCGUUUCGGAGAAAUGGAACGUGAUUGCAUGAUUGCUCACGGUGCCGCUGCCUUCCUCAAGGAGCGUCUCUUCACGGUCUCGGAUGCCUACACGGUGCACGUUUGCGACAUGUGUGGUCUGAUGAGUCCUAUUGCCCAACUCAAGCAAGGCAAAUACGAGUGUCGCCCUUGCAGCAACAAGACCAAUAUUUCCCAGAUCCACAUCCCGUACGCCGCCAAACUGCUCUUCCAGGAACUCCUCGCCAUGAACAUCGCCACGCGCAUGUUCACCACCCGCUCCGGCCUCAGCGUCCGCGACUAGGCGCGCGACGACUCAGACCUCUGCCCCCCGUAGAGAUCUACGGAAAGAAUGAGAUCAAGAGAUCUACGGAAAGAACGAGAUCGUGAUCGCAGGGCGGGCGUAUCGCAUUGGCAGCUCCGGUCGGCACACGACGGAGACAUUUCACAGUCAGAAAAACAAAAAUCUGCAUGAUUUGCAUGGCACGGAGUUUGGGAGUCCAACGGGGGGUGUUCAAGCAGCGCCUAGGGAAGGAACGGGUUUUGUAU